GGUGCUGGGGAGGGCAGAGAAAAAGGCCCUUGGACGUCUUCAGCUGGGGGUGGACAGCAUUGGCUUCCUCCUCAGGAUGGAAAUGACGCUGCUUUGCCGACUCAUCCCAUCUGGCACUUGCCCUCACGCAUGGGGUACGGAGCGGGGUGUUGGGGGAAUUUCUUGCGUUCCUGUAAAGGGGAAGGAUGGCACCUUUUCCUUCACAGAAAACCCAGUUGGCAAGGUGUGGGUGAAACAAGCAUCCGACAGUGGGAGCAAACCCUAUAUAAAGGAAGCCCUGAGGGGUGCAGGGCCCUACAAGCAAGCGGCAGCUUUCCUGAGUUCCCAUUGCUUCCCAUCCCCAAUGCAGCAACACUUUGUGCCGAAGCGAUGGCGAUGGGCACGUUCUCACCCCCCCUCAUCUCCCCUAAUUCUCGGAGGGCGGUCAAAAAGAUGAACUCUCUCCUCGCCUUCACUGUGCUCUUUGCUUUGGGACAUCACCAGCCUGUGAUGUACCAGUUUGGGGGCUGGAGGAAUAGGGAUGCUGCUGGGGAGCCAGGCGUCGGCAUGAGUCGCACCGAUUUCCCCCCAGGCUUGUCCCCAGCUCGCGGGAGCCUCUGGGAUCUGCACAAGCUGAUCACGAAGGUGACGGGGAAAGAUGCCUUGCUGCAUUACUCCUUCUACGGCUGCUACUGUGGCUUGGGGGGCAAAGGGCAGCCCAAGGACGCCACGGACAAAUGCUGCCAGCUGCACGAUACCUGCUACGACAGCCUCCUGAGAUACCACUGCAACGCCAAGGUGCAGGGCUACCACUAUGGCUGGCACGGCAGCAGCCCCUUCUGCAAAGGCAGCUCGUGGUGCGCCCGCCUUUCCUGCGAGUGUGACCGCAGCCUGGCACUUUGCCUGAAGCGAAGCAUCGGGAGCUACAGCAAACGCUACCGCUUCUACCUCAAGCACUGGUGCUGGUGAUGGAAGCCGGGACACAGGGCUGGAGCACGCGCCUGGGUUCUGCGUCCGGAUCUCUCUACGUCCCUGCCUGCACGAACCACGUUAGUGCUGCUGUAAAUUUAAUCAAUGUGAAAAUAAACAAUGUGCUUGAGCCAUC